AAUCUUCAAAUCCUACACCAAAUGAUCUAUAUAAUUAUUGCAUUGGUUAUCGUGGCGCAAUUAAUUUUAAACUUGGAUUAUUUAAACAAAGUCAAUUAGACUUAGAGAAUGCAAUUGAACUAAAACCAGAUUAUUCAUAUUGGCAUUGCCAAUUUGGAGCACUUCUAUAUAAACAAAGAAAUUACGACGCAUCUUUAAAAGAACUAAAUCAUGCUAUUAGUUUAUUUCAAUCUUCAAAAAGCAAAUCUCAGCCCUUAAAUAAAUUUCAGAAAGUACUUAUGUCAGAAGCACAUUAUUAUAGAGGGCUUUUAUAUAAAGCAAUUAAAGAUCAUCAAAUGGCAAAUUCUGAUUUUAAGAAAGCAUUUGAACUUAAUCCUGAUCUUGAGUCUCAAAAAAUUGACUAA